AGAGUGAAUGCACUUUGGUUGCCAUAUUGAGGUUGAUAUCAAGGUUUCCUGUUUGCACUCGUACGUUUUCCAUGUCGGUCACCAUUCACACCACCGCCGGCGACCUCAAACUGGAAAUUUUUUGCGAUACGGCGCCUCGGACAUCCUUCAACUUUUUGGCAUUGUGCUCUUCGGGUGCGUACGACGGAACGAUAUUUCAUCGCAAUAUCAAAGGGUUCAUGAUCCAAGGCGGCGACACAGCAGACAAGACGGGCAGCAAGGGAGGGGAAUCGAUUUGGGGGCCAAUUCCAUUUCGGGACGAAUUCCAUCCCGACAACGUACAUGAUAGGCGUGGAGUACUAAGUAUGGCGAAUAAGGGACCGAAUACGAAUAGAUCUCAGUUUUUUGUGUUAUACGAGCGGCAGCCGCAUUUGAAUAAUUCGCACACAGUCUUUGGUCGCUUGCUGGACGGAUGGGACGUUUUGGAUAAGAUGGAGCGAAUGCCGGUGAUGGGAUCUGCGGCUCCGAAAAAGCGACUCCAACAGUGUCCCAUAGAUCCUCCCAAAAUCACCAAGAUAACGGUACACGCAAACCCGCUGGCCGACGAAAUGAUCGUGUAUCCUACUCCCGAGGGGGCUCCCGAGAAGCGUUUAUAAAAGUGGGAAAAUUCAAGGAUAUUCAUGGCUAGAGCACUAAUGCUCGUUAUG